AUGGUCAGGGAAGGGAUCGUCUUGGGACACAAGAUAUCAGAAAAGGGGAUAGAGGUUGAUCAAGCAAAGAUUGAGGUGAUGAGUCAGCUUGCUCCACCAAAGACAGUCAAGGACGUGAGAAGUUUCCUUGGGCACGCUGGUUUCUAUCGGAGAUUUAUCAAGGACUUCUCCAAAAUAGCUCGUCCUUUGACACGCCUCUUGUGCAAGGAGACUGAGUUCCUGUUUGACGAGGAGUGCCUUAAGGCAUUUGAGAUGAUCAAGACUGCCUUGGUCACGGCCCCGAUUGUGCAAGCACCAAACUGGGACUACCCUUUCGAGAUCAUGUGUGACGCUAGUGACUACGCCGUGGGAGCUGUGCUUGGCCAGAGGAUAGACAAAAAGCUCCACGUGAUAUAUUACGCAAGCAGAACCAUGGACGAUGCCCAAGGACGAUACGCAACAACUGAGAAAGAGCUCUUGGCAGUAGUCUUUGCGUUCGAGAAGUUCAGAAGUUAUCUCGUGGGUUCAAAGGUGAUAGUCUACACUGAUCAUGCAGCCUUGACAUCUGUUGGCAAAGAAGGACACCAAGCCAAGGCUCCUGAGAUGGAUACUUCUUCUCCAGGAAUUCGAUCUCGAAAUUUUGGAUAA